AUGGCCAGUGAAAUAUCCGACCGCGUCACCGAGCUAUUCAGGGAGAUCACCUCCGACUUGUACUCCAAUUCUCCUGCCUCGGUCCUCGUGGGAGUCGUCGCACAGGAGCUUUCAUCUUCCUUCCCGACUUAG